ACGGAUAUCCGGCGUUUUCGUCUGCGCAUGUGCAGUCGCCUCGCUUUCCGGCUUCCACCUCUCCUUGUUUGCGGGUGCAGAGGGUUCGCAUCUCAGGAAGGAGGGAGCCCCAGGAACAGGAGUCCCACCAAAGAACUGCCCUCUGACAGAACAGAGACCUCAUCACAAGGGCUUCCGAACAGAUGCAGAAGAACCCAGAGAGGAGCAGGUCUUGAUUUGCCCAACCGGCAGCAGUUCUUUAUCCCCUUGCCCAGAAAGCUCCAGACUUGGUGAUGUCGCCACAUCCAGAAGCCAUCACAGAUUGCGUGACACUGAAUACUGUGGGCCAACUUGCAGAAGGUGGUUAUCCUUUACGGUUCUCCACACUCUUUCAGGAGCAGCAGAAAAUGAACAUAUCUCAGGCGUCAGUGUCAUUCGAGGACGUGACUAUAGAAUUCACCCAGGAGGAGUGGCAGCAAAUGGCCCCUGUUCAGAAGAAUCUGUACAGAGAUGUGAUGCUGGAGAACUACAGCAACCUCGUCUCAGUGGGGUACUGCCAUUUCAAACCAGAGGUGAUCUUCAAGUUGGAGCAAGGAGAAGAGCCUUGGUUCUCAGAGGAAGAAUUCUCAAACCAGAGUCACCCAAGUGAGUUACUGAGCAGUAGUAGACAUAAUUCUGUAGGAGUGGUUAGACUCCAGGUCACUUUAGGGGUGAAUACCUGAAUAUCGCAAGACUUUUCUUAGAAAGUCUAAAGGCACAAAAAGCAGCAGUUAAAAGAAAAUGAUUAAUAAAGUUGAUUCCAUUAAAAGUAA